CCAAGUAUGCUGGUUAGCUAUUGGUCUCUUGCAGUAAGCAGUAGGAUAGGUUAGGUUAGGCCUUUCGGUCAAUGCUACUGGAGAAGGAGAGUUCUGAAGAUGAAGUCUGCAAGAAGUGUUCUUUCGUUUUCUAGAAGAGCGUAUUCAGCCAAGCCUGCCCUUAAACGUGAAACCUCGGGAGCUGCAGAACAUGUUAAACUUCCUCCCCAGAAUCUCCAGGUCACUAAAUUACCAAGUGGAUUAGUGAUUGCCUCAUUGGAAAAUUACUCUCUAAAUUCAAAGAUUGGAGUGUUUCUAAAAGCUGGCAGUAGAUAUGAAACCGCUGACAACCUGGGUGUCGCUCAUCUUCUUCGUCUUGCAUCUUCCCUGACAACGAAAGGAGCAUCUGCUUUUAAGAUUACCCGUGGCAUUGAAGCCAUUGGUGGUACCCUAAGUGUGACGACUACUAGAGAAAAUAUGGUCUACACAGUGGGUUGCAUGCGGGAUUAUAUUCCACCGUCUAGCCUGUACAUGUUCCUUCUCAGAUCCAACCCACAGUUUUGGAGAGUUGAACUAUCAGAUCUGAAGGAGUUUAGAAAAACAGAUCAGUCGUUUCAUUACCCACACCCAGAAGUGGGUUUACUUGAAAAUCUGCAUGCAGCUGCUUACCGUUGUGCUCUUUCCAACUCCUUGUAUUGUCCUGAUUAUAGGAUUGGUAAAAUCACACCAGAAGAGCUACAAGACUUUGUACAAAACAACUUUAGAAGUGCCAGGAUGGCUCUGGUCGGACUAGGCAUAAGUCAUUCUGAGCUCAAGCAAGUGGGUGAGCAGUUCCUUAACAUCAGAAGUGGAAGUGGUUCUGGUCUUGUGAAAGCCAGCUAUCGAGGAGCUGAGAUUCGUGAGCAGAAUGCAGAUGACCUUGUCCAUGCGGCAGUCGUGUCAGAAGGUGCUGCUUCUGGAAGUGCAGAGACCAAUGCAUUCAGUAUCCUUCAACAGAUACUAGGGACAGGAUCUUUUGUCAAGCGAGGCAACAACGUCAGCAGCAAGCUUUUUCAGGGUGUAGUAAAGGCAACUACACAGCCAUUUGAUGUGUCUGCCUUCAAUGUUAACUACUCAGAUUCUGGGUUGUUUGGCAUUUAUGCAGUUUCUCAGUCUGCUGCAGCUGGAGAUGUUCUCAAAGCUGCUAUGAACCAAGUAAAAGCUGUUGCAGAGGGUGGUAUCACAGAUGCCGAUGUUGCACAAGCAAAAACUCAGUUGAAAGCCAGGUUCUUAAUGUCACUGGAGUCUUCAGAUGAGCUGCUGAAUGAGAUUGGUUCUCAGGUACUGGCAACAGGUGCAUACAUACCACCGUCUGAUGCAGCUCAAGCUGUUGAUGCUGUGUCUGCUACUGAAGUAAUAAAUGCUGCAAGGAAAUUUAUCGCUGGCAAGAAGUCUAUGGCAGCAAGUGGGAACCUAGGACAUACACCUUUCGUUGACGAGUUGUAAAGUAGAUUGUUCGUUUGAUUGCUGUACAUCAGAUGAAGUGACAAAUUAAAGCUGUGAAUUCUCAUCUCCAGAAGAAACUUGUCAAUACUGUGUCUCCAGUUCUAUUCUAUGAACAGAUGGGCUUUGGGCAGUAGUUCACAGCAUCCUGCAGGGUCGUGAUUAGUUCUGUGUUUGUCACAGUUUCACCAGUAAUAAAAAAAAAUUGUUCUUCC